AUGGCCUGUUUCCCCACGGUGAGCAGCUCCGAGCAGAGGCGACGGGCCCAGCGGAGCCGGCGGCAGGCCGUGGUGCUCGGGCACCGCUCUGUGAUGUGGCGCUACGCGGGGCCCAAAAACCCAGGAAAGGGCCAGCUGCUAAAUGACAUCCAAACCCGAUGCCAAGGGAACCCUCUGGUUGCAGGUGCCUUCUGCAUCCCCCUGUAUGUGCCCUACGUGCUGACGGGGAGAUGGAUCUUCGGGAGAAGCCUCUGCAAACUCUGGCUGGUAGUUGAUUACCUGCUCUGCACCUCCUCGGUCUUCAACAUCGUCCUGAUUAGCUAUGACAGAUUCCUCUCGGUGACAAGAGCGGUGGCCUACAGAGCCCAGCAAGGCAACACCAGGCGAGCGGUGCUGAAGAUGGUGAUGGUGUGGGUGCUGGCGUUCCUGCUCUACGGCCCGGCCAUCAUCAGCUGGGAGUACAUCUCCGGCCGGAGCAUCAUCCCCAGCGGGGAAUGCUACGCCGAGUUCUUCUACAACUGGUAUUUUCUCAUGACAGCCUCCACGCUGGAGUUUUUCACCCCUUUCAUCAGCGUCAUGUUUUUCAACCUGAGCAUUUACCUGAACAUACAGAAGCGGACCAAAAUCCGCCUGGAUAUUUUCCACGAAGUGCACAACCAGUCCUUCGCCGGGGAGAUGCAAAGGAGCCCGGAGGCGAAGCUGUGUUUGAAAUGCUGUAAGUGGGAGCAGAAGCAGCCAGCUGAAACCCCCGACCUCUCCAAGAGCAAAGCUCAAGCAGCAGCCUCCUCUGCCAGCCUGGGUGCCAAAGACCUGCUGUCAACCAGCUCCGAGAGCUCCGGGAAACCCAAGUGUUGCAACAAAAAGAGCUGUAAAAAUUCAGCCUCCACUCUGUCCUUAGAGAAACGGAUGAAGACAGUGUCCCAGAGCAUGACUCAAUGCUUCAGGCUCUCCAGAGACAAGAAAGUGGCUAAAUCACUGGCAAUCAUCGUGGGCAUUUUUGGGAUCUGCUGGGCCCCGUACACUCUCCUGAUGAUCAUCCGUGCUGGCUGCCACGGCCACUGCAUCUCCGACUACUGGUACGAGACUUCCUUCUGGCUGCUGUGGAUCAACUCGGCUGUCAACCCCAUCCUCUACCCCCUCUGCCACUACAGCUUCAGAAGAGCUUUCAUUAAACUCCUCUGUCCCAAGAAGCUAAAGAUCCAGCCCCAUGAUCCCCUUCAGAACUGCUGGAAGUGAGGCCAGCCCUGUGUGCGGAGGAGAAGAGCCUUGUUUUAAUACACCUGUGUUAGGGAAAAGCAUCGUGGCUUGGUUCCUUGGAAAAACCUGGGAGCACUGGUGUGGGCCAGGCGAGGAAGGCAGCAGCAAGACCACUAGUCAUUUAUUCUAGUCCAUCAGCAACAAAAUCACACGGAAUAGCAGGGUAAGGAGGUUUUUUUUUUUGACAUUAAUCACAGGCACUGAAAUCCGUGUCCUCCACUCGCAGGUACCACAGAAGAGCUCUGCUGCCACCUAGUCAGCCCCAGUGGCACCAGCUCGGUGUUAAAAUAAGAACUGAAAAAGAAAAGCUAACAAAAAUAAAUAUCUAACCUAAAGCCACUGGACUAAGGGACAUUUCACCUGCUUGCAAACCUGGGCUGAUUUUUCCCAUGAGGGGGAGGGUGUUUUCUUUACACUUACGAUAUUAGACAUGUGUGAUGAUACAGAGAGAAAAGAACGAACUAGAAGGAAAAAACACCUCGUUUAUCAUUUCUGCCACAGCAGCUACAGCCAUAAUCUAGAUGCCCGUUGCAUGUGGUACAAUCAAUGUCCCUUCCACACCCCAGGAAGGGACAAAUCUCUGCCCAAAGAAGAUGACAGCCAAACUGGGAGGCACCAAGCAUCCCGCAGCACCCAGAGAAGGGAAACUUUUCUGGAUUUUUUAAGUUUGUUUCAGACCUUUUAAUUUUAGCAAGUCCCAGAAAUCUCACAUGGUUCCUUUUAAAAUACACCAUUUGAAUGGAGACCUGGGCUGAGCCAGGCAGUAUCAGCAUCAUUUUUUUUUUAAAUUUUUUUAAAGCAGUCAACUCUUUCCACAGACAGAACACCAGACUCAAGACAGCAGGGCUCUACCCUCGGUCUUAACGUAAAAUCUUGGGUGUUUUAUCUCUGCUUCCCAUCUCGGGCUUUAUCAUACUUGCCCAUUUAUUGUGUGACCUCUGUGGGAACAGACGUAGCAUGACCAUAAAGCGAAAGACUUCAACUGCCCAUCUCUGUUGGCACUGCUCGGUGAUAAAGUAAUACAAAUAUGUAAUUAGUUGCCAUGGCAAGUGCUCCUAUUUAACAGUAUUGUACAGGGAUGUUCAAGAUCAUAAGUCUGAAAACUACAAUUGCAAAUAGACACCCAAAUGCUGUAAAGUAGCGCCUAAAAGCUUAUGAUGUUGUGGUUGCCAAUUACACUGCGCUGUUGUGAGCAAACUGCUUUUUGGCUGCUGCUAGGAAUAAAAGAAAACGCCAACCAACUUGAAUUGCAGUGCUGUGUGUUCAGUAGAUGAGUAUUGUCACCUGAAGUCAGGUUUUAAACGAUGUCUUGUUUUGUGUAUAAGAUAUUUCAGUCUCGUGACAUGUUCAGUCAGACCAUAUACGGGUUAAAAUCUAUCCCUUGAAGUCAGUGUACUAAGAAAUGACAGUAUGUGCUGUUGAGCCUGCCUGUACCUUCCCUUGUGUCUGCCUCCUUCUGAAAACCCCAAUAAAGUAUUUUUAUAUGAA